UUCAGAUGCUUCUUAUAAGCUGAGUCCUUACGAGAUGGAGGCGCUAAACGCGGUAAAAGCAACAGCGCCGAAAAUGGACCGCAACGGCUACUUUUUCUAUGUAGCGUCGACCGCCAAAAAGAAAAAGAUCAGUCUAAUGCAACCGAAGCCACCGCGAGUCGCUUUCGUCGACGAAAAAUGUGAAAAAGGUAUUCGAAGGCCAGGGGUGGCCGAGAGGAUCCUACACCAAGGCAGUGUGGCAGUGAUCGCCACGGAGAACGCACGUGUCGACCCUAUGACGGCUCGCGGCCCAUCGCCCGCGCCACGCGCGCGUCUAUACUCGCAACUCGAAAGCUACCAACCUCGGUACCACACUAUAAGAGAAAAUUACGGAAUCAAAUACAGUGAGAAUGUAGUGAAAAAUGAGAGUGAGUGUCGAAAGAGGAAGAAAGAGAAACUAGGAUACCCUGGACACCCGGCACACCCGCAGGCAGUUCUAAGAACAUCGUCAACAAAAUGCAGCGGAGGGUCUCCUCACAGGGAGCGCAGGCGUCGGGAUGAAGAGGUGACGCUGAGCGGUUUCGCGGCGGCGGUCCAUCGCGUUGCUCCACCGCCGCCGCCCGCGCUUCUCAGAAGACUCGGCGUUAAGGAACCCACAGGUGUGGGCAAGGUGAAAGUGAUGCUCAGAGUCGGCGCCGCAGGUGAGGGUCCCUUCACAUCAGGCACACAGACCUUCGCCUUGGACAAGCGCAAGAAGCAAGUCAGCCUGUGCGAAAACGCACCGGCAGCGACCAGCGCUCCUGAAGACAGGAAGGUCGGAGUAGCUGCUCCCAAGAUGUUCGCCUUCGAUGCUAUAUUCUCGCAGGAUGAUUCACAGACGGAGAUCUGCGCGAGCGCACUGACAGACGUAAUCCACGCUGUCAUCAACGGCACAGACGGUUGUCUCUUCUGCUUUGGACACGCAGGCCUCGGUAAAUCCUAUACAAUGUUGGGACGACCGGACACCACGGCGUCUCUGGGCGCGAUACCCUGCGCCAUCACGUGGCUCUUCAGAGGAAUCCAGGAGCAGCGACACAAAUGUGGCACUAGGUUCUCAGUUAGAGUCUCUGCCGUGGAGCUGUGCACUAAUACCAACCAGAUACGGGACCUGUUAGCGCCUUAUCAUAAUGAUACGGAGCAGUCACCAGGAGUCUAUCUGAGAGAUGAUCCACUCUUCGGGACUCAUCUUCAGAACCAGUCCGAACUUCGUGUGCAUAGUGCUGAGAAAGCAGCGUUCUACCUCGAUGCUGCGCUUGCGACGAGAGGCGCGCGGGAGGAGGGGAAGGACAGCCAUCUGCUGUAUACCCUCCAUGUUUACCAGUACAGUGUAGGAGGGAAAGGAGCAGUUGCCGGAGGGAGGAGCCGCUUGCAUCUCAUCGACCUAGGAAACUCCGAGAGAGGCAAAACAAACGGUGGAAUACCGUUAUCAGGAUUAGGCAAUAUACUACUCGCGAUUUUUAACGGCCAAAGACAUCUGCCAUAUAGAGACCACAAUCUGACUCACGUAAUGAAGGAAUGUCUCGGUUCUCUGACCUGUCAUACGGCUAUGAUUGUCCACGUAUCACCAACAGUUCAGAAUUACUCAGAUACUCUGACCACAUUACAAUUAGCCUCAAGAAUACACAGGCUAAGACGGAGGAAAAUAAAAUACUCGUCAAACAACAACGCCGGGUCAGGAGGUAGCUCUGGUGAAGAUGCUUCAAAACCCAGCAGCAGUGAACCAGACCCAUCUAGCAGUGACCUAUCAGCUGAUACAGUCAUUUACGUAGGACCUCUAGACGACGCUACUGAUGGAGAACACCCACCUGUCUACAUCCCUCACAUAAAUUCUGGUGACAACAGAUGUGUUCUAAGUAAAGCUCUAAGAGGCUCAGCCGCAGAACACAAACAUAAGUCAUCAUUAUCUAAAGUCGUUGAGGAAAAAAGCCCUGUACAUAAAUUACACUCGUCACCCAAAUCGUCUCCAAUGAAAGCUGCCCUUCAUUCAUCUGGCCAUACCCCAAAGUCGUCUCCAGUUCAUUCGGUUACGUCAAAAUCUACGCCACUGAAAAAAGCUUGUCCAAAACAACCAGAAGAUUCCAAAAGUGAUGAACAAUGGAUAGACGGACCAAGAAUUUCUAAAUCAAAACUUGUAGAAGCUCGACACAUAAUCAAAGAUACGCAAAGUAAACGUGAAACUUGGAUCGAUGGACCUAUGCAAGAAAAUAAAUUGCCUAUGCCUAUACCAUUUGAGGCGGUUCCUAAUCCAUCUAAUUCAAUACCUCUGCAGAUUGGCGUACUGAAUUCCCAUGGAAAUGAAAAUAUUGGGUACGGAUAUAUGGAUAACCAUAAGAAAAAUAUGAUACGGAAAUGGGUGGAAAACCAAACCUCUCAAAUCCAUAAGUCUAAACAUACUUCACCGAGUCACAAAGCUCAUACAAGCCACAAAGAUACUGGUCAAAAACAAUUAGACGUAACAGAAACACACAAAAUGGAAACAAUAAUUAAAGAUUCUGCAAAACGCGUCCAUGUUGAAGAGUCCACUAUAAGAACUGGUUUGAAAGCAGGCUCGAAAGGUAUGGCGAUAGAAGAAGAAAAUGUAGGUCCGCCUACUUCCGAACAAAAUACGACACCUAAGAAAGUAAAUCCUGCUAAAGCGACAAAGAAUGAUAUUGAUGAAGAUGAUGACAGUGAGGAGCUAGCGGAAAUACCACCAGCUUUGCCACUUAUACAACCUAGCAGUCUCAGUAGCAGAGAGGUAUCAAUGGAAAGUUUAGAUAGUAAAUACAAAGAACGGCUAAGAAUGGAUGACGAAAUGAUGUCAAAUCAUAGCAGAGACAUUAACAUGCACGGCAUGAGCAAAGGUCUAGUAGAUGAUGAUGACGAAAUCUUAGAAAUAAUUGAAGUAGAAGAGCCAUUAGAACCAGUUCCAAUGCAAGAUUGUUGUCUUCAAGUUACUGAAGAAGAUAUUGCUUACUGCAUGGGACUUGAAAAUCCUUUACCAGAAGUUGACCAAGAGGACUCUGAAGACCACCCUCUAAGAAUUCUCAGUCAAGAAAACUUGACAGUAGCGUCAACAUUUACUGAUACACUAUCGUUGUACAGCGAAGUUGAACGACAAAUAAGAAAUGAGGCCUAUCUUCGACAAACCAUGGGAUUUUAUAUAGAAAAUUUUAAUUGUGAGCUAGGCGAUCUAAAUUUUCAAGAAAGUCUACCUUCAUCUCGAUCGAGACUCGAUGAAAUAAUGGGUUUGACUGAUUUGUAUGGUUCGCGACGAUUAGACAGUAAUGAUAUGCCUAUCUCAAGAAUUGCUCCACAGUUUCAAUCACUUUCUUUGUCAAACGUUCGUGAUACUGAAGAAUUUCACGGUGACGGUUCAGUUUAUAGUGAACCUGCUUAUAGACCCAGUGACAAAAUAUGUGAUAGUUGUAAACGGACUAUGUCAAGACCAGGCAGUGCAGUGGGAGAAUGUGGAGGUUAUCACGAAUUAGACUCUGCAUGUAAUGAUGCAUACGGUCCAUUUGAAAGAUACCGUGGUAAUGACAUUACAGAUGCCCGAAUAGCUUCACUGAGACACCCAGAUGGAGCAUCAGAUCCCAAUUUACGCGAAGAAAGACGAGUUCCCGGCAAUGGAGCUCCCAUAGCUAAUUUUAAAGAAUUAAAAUCGAACUUGCACCUAGAAGUAACACCCCCUGUUGUGACAACAGAACCUAGAUCAGAGAAAUGUGAAAAAGGAGACAAGGUUGUAGCAAGAGUUGCUGCCUCUUCUAAACCAGAUGGGUAUGAUAGUGGUCAUGAGUCGACACCACGUACUGGGAAACACAGUCCUGCAGCGACUUCGAGACGAGCCGAGUCAGGUUAUGAUUCAGUUCCAAGAGAUUCUGACGCAUCUUCUUUGGAUUCUUACCCAACCCGUAGAGCGGCUGUUGCACGAGCACACGCCAAAAAGCACACAACAGCCAAAUAUAAACAACACAGCGAUCGGUCUUUCUGUUCUUGGCUUCGCAACCCCUUCACCUGCAAAUACGCGGACACAGAUCCCGAGAUCAGCGAUUUUUAACGACGAGGCACAUACCUUGUAGUCUGUGUGUUUAAAAUUCUAAAUAUUAUAUCAUUAAGCUACGUUACCGAAUUUAAUCUGGAGACUGCUUUUGUACUCUAGACAUACAUUGUAUUUGUAAGGGCUUCGCACUAUUCGAUGAGGUUACCACUGUAUUUUUCUAUAACUAAUGAAAGCUUCUCUGUGCUCUGAAGUCUAUUUUUAAAUAUUAGUGGAAUAUCAUUUAGGUAAUAUAUCGGUGUAAAUACAAAUGCAACGAAUGCCAUUUGACUAACUAUGUUCGUAUCUUCUGCUCACUUUUUGUACUUUUAUAUUCAUGAACUUGCUCUUCAUAAAUGAUUUGUUUCGAAGUAGCUUUUGUACGAGAGUUUCGAUGUUAAACCAAAAGUAAGGUCAGGAGUCUUCCUCUGUCUUCCCCAACUGUAACUUCUUCAUAUCGAGAAGUCUAUCAUAUUUUCUAUCUGCACUGGCACUGGCCUCAAUAUUGUCGUGUUAUUUGACAAUUUUAUUCCAAUCACCAUUUGUUACAUCAUCUUCAAUGAACAUCCAAAAACUAUCCUUUGGGUACAUUAAAUGGUCCUAACCAAGUAAUAUCAACUGCAUAGCUAAAUUGGCUAAUUAGUAUAAUAUUAUGCAUGGAAAAAUAAAUUGUCUUGUACUAUUUCUUAAUAGUUAUAUGAAUUGAUAUGUUCGAUAAGAAUUUUUAGAAUGAUCUGUGCAGUUUUAAAGGAUGUUUUGUUACUUUAAUGUUAGACAUUUUGUUGACUAUUAUAAAGUGAUUGGAAUAAAAACUAAUCUUUAUUAUAUGAACUAAUAACUCGUUUUAGAACUAAGACUGUUGUGUCAUUGGCCAUGUCUUACAUAGCUUUAAUAUUUUGAUAUUGUAUGAACGUUCACUACAUUGGAUACAGCAUGACUGUAUGUAAAUAAACCUUGAAGUAUUCUUGAACAUCAGCUGCAUCAUCUUUAGUAUACAUAUUUUGGCAUAGACAAUUCAU